ACACUCUAGAACUAUUUUUCCCUGAGCAUUAAUAAGUCAAUGCAAUCACGAAUGUUUUAAUGUCGCUUAUUUAACUUGAUGGAUGGACAGAAAGUACAAAAUCGCGGUACUGCACGAUAUCAUUCCAAAUUAACGUCAGAAUCGACUGACUUUAUUGCACUGACAACCAGGUCGCCUCGUAAUAAAAGUUCUCGUGCAGAAAUAGCUUCCAAUUUAGAAAAACAUGAAACGCAUUUCGCGAGGGAAAGUUCAUUCAGAUCGCGAUCAAAAUUAUCAAGAACGGCUAAUGGCUCUGCUGUUACAUCACGGAUAAAUGCAAGAUAUUUAAAUUCUAGUGUUGAUAAUUCUCAAAAUCGUCUAAAGCUGCAUACUCCACAAGCGUUCAAAGAAGAAAUAAUGAAGAAUAGACACGGUGAUAAUAAAGAGAAUACGCCUAAAUCACAAAAGCCGAAACAGAAGACGGCUUCUCAACGAAUAUCUUCGGAUGCAUCUUCUGUUUGGAUAGAUAGUGCGAAGUUGGAUGACGAGGUGUUUACAAAAUCGCCCGAUUACUCGAGAUCAAGAACGGGAAGAAAGAUUUAUACAAGUUACAACGGGAAAGAAUUGAGAAGUCAAAUAAUUCCAUCCAGAAGGUCAGCAAAUGAACACAUAGAAAAGGACAGAAAUCCAAUCGAUAAACUGGAAAAGAAAGAAACGCGAUUGGAAUAUCCGAUAAUCGAGAAUAUUGCCUCGAUAGCUAACGUAUCAAGAGUGAUAGAUACAAAAAACACGAACGACUCUAGUAAACAUAAAGAAGAAGGUAUAAGAGAACGAGAUGUUCUGCCAUUAAAUUCCGAGAGUGUUUUGAGAGUAGACAUUCCUCUAACAAUUGAAAAUGUCAAUCUUCUAACAUCCGCGACACUCUCGUCCGUCAAGAUGUCUCCGAGACAAGUUUCGAGGCUGAUUAAGGAGAAGGUGGAAAGCAACGAUAUUGCGGGAUCGAAUACGAAGAAGAGCAAACAGUCCGAUCGAUCGAAAUCCCGCGGUAUAUCCAAUGCAAAUAAUUCCGAGACAGUGACUUCCGGAAGCAUCCCCCGGCGGAGUUCGUCCAGAUUCGCCGACACUGCGAAUAUGGGGACAAACGGACGAUCUUCUAGUGCUAGACGUAGAUCUAAUGCAAAAAACAUUAAUUCCAGGAAUCGAUCCGUGCAUAAGUUGAGAGACACAAACAUGACAGAGGCAAGAAAUAAUGACAGAAACAAAAAUGUGGAUACUAAUUCCGAGACAAAUGCAAAUGAACAGACAAAAACACGACGCAAUUUGUCCAACAAUGAACACAAAUCUGAGGAAAAACGGAGACCCAAGAAUAAUCGCAAAUUAAAAGAAACCAGAAUAGAUAAACAAAAUGCUCGAGCACAAUCUGGAAGUUGGUCGCGUACAGUUAGUAACCUUGACAUUAUCACUACUAUCCCAAAGGCGACAAUUGCCGAAACUACGACUGUUUCUUCUUUGGAUACAAAAAUUGCGACACUCAGUUCUCUUUCUACGACGAUCAAAUCAUCAACAACUGCCCGAGUAUUCUCUUCAACCGAGCAAACUUCUCGAAGCAAGGAAAAAAACAGAAAAGAAGACUCUCGAAUGAAGAAACCUCCGAAGGAAGAUUUCUUUAAUCACGGUCUAGGCUUUCGGGGCCGAAAAAUUUCGAUCGAGGAAUCUUCUUCGACUAUUGCAGAUUUAAGAACUACUACAUCUAAAAGCGAGACGCAAUUACACGGCAAUCCCGGGUGGACUCUUAGACGCCGACCUAAUUACGUCAGUCACGAUACUCCAUCGACUACCUCCGCAUCAGUUAAUCGAAAUCAAACUAACGAGAUCAUCUUGCCUAAUAAUCUAUCGAAGAGUACCGAAGUGCCACUAAGUAAUGCAAAAGUUUUAAGAAGAGGCACUAAAAGGCCAAAAGCGAAAGAUGAGAAUAAUACUGUAUCGAGCGUUGCGCCAAAGAAUGUAACGAGAGGUAGCAAAACCUUUAAUAAAUCCAAAAGUUUCGGUUUACCUAAGAGGAUAGAAUUGGAGGAGAGCGACAAUUAUCCUUUGGCAUUCCGAGAUAGAUUAUCUCAAUUGAAAAAUUCUAAUUUGAAACUGACUGGGGAAAAGAGUACAACAAGGACUAGCUUGCAGAGUACCAUGGUGCCGCGAGAAGAAACGUCAACGUUGGCAAAUAUGAUAGAAACUCUUGACAAGAACAAUAUCGUUACAACCAUCGAACCACUAAAGUUAGAUGAAACAUCUAUCGAAAUAAUUAAGUCAGAUAAACAAGAACGCAAUAAUAAUGACAUACAAAAGGAAACUGCUGUGACAUUGGACAAUACGUCAGUUACGGACGCGUUAAUAGAAUCUAUGAACAUUUACACUACGGAAUUCGCUCACGACAUAACACUGUCACCAACGGUUACCACGCCGAGCAGCAUUCAUUCGUCGACGACGGAGUCAAAGAAGCUAUAUCCCGUUUAUAUUCCUGAUGCAAAAAAAUAUGACUUGUCGGAAAACAAGAGUAGCACGAAAUUUGUGAGUGAUGCGAGCAAAAGUGUUUUUCAGCCUCGUUAUACAAAACAACAGGAACCAGACAAAGUGGCGAUUUCUAUGGUAACAUCAAUGACCGUCGGACCCACCAGCCGAUACAUUAGAAAAAAAUCGGGCGUCUUCACACCAUACGACACCGUUCCCAAGCCGUUUAGCACAGAGGCGACAUGUACACAGAUGAAACACAAGGAGUUCCGUCCGCGAACGGCAACUUAUAGGAGGCAUUCCGAAGUACCAACUAGCCAAUUGAUGAUCCAACAAUCAACUAAGGCGGACAAAGAAGUGGCUGCUGAUUUCAUCACCAUAACAUCAAAACCGACUAAGUACAAUGCGCAUGUCGUCACAGCAAGAAAUCAUUCCGAUUCCUCCGAACCGCUCGUUAGUGUGAAAAUCGAUACUUCAAAUGACAGCAUGCCGCUGAUAUUCACUGAGAGCAGCAACAGCAACAGCAGCGCCUCCAAUAUCUUCAAUCCCACUAAAAGCGCGAUUUUCAGCAAGAACACCACUACAUUAUUGGAGCAACUACGAAGUACUGUGGCACCGCUCUUGAACUCUUUAAGUGAAAAAACUCCCAUUUUUUCUGGAGCUUAUUCCAACGUGAAUAUCGGGAAUUCCGCUCCUAGGAUAACGCCCAACGGUUCUCCACCCAGAUUUAGCGCAAGAUACAAAGGAGCGGAAUUAUUUGUAAGAAAACCAUCAAUUGAUCAAGUUGUAAUACCAUCGAUCACAACAUCAUCGACUACGGCUUCGACACUGAUAGAGAAUUCUGACUUGGCGCUGCCCGUUCACAUCAACAGCCCUGGCGAGCCCAAAUUCAUCACUUUUUAUCAGGCAUUAGAGUCAGCUAGCAUAAGAAACGAAAAUCUGGGCGUGAAUGAUGUGUCUCAGCAGCAAAAACUAACUGGCGGGGUAACAAAGGUAGACUCUAACGCUACUGUAUCUAACGACAUCAGUAAUGAUACUGCUAACAACAAUGAUACCGCAAGCCCAAAAUCCGAAUCUAUCGCGACUACAUCCUUCCCAGAUAUUACUACCAUAAACAUUACCACCGCUGUUCAAUCGGCAAACCUUUCGUUUGCUUCGAGAUUAGCUACUGAGAUUAUUCCUGAUAAUAGGCCGAAAAUCACCUCGAUGGCAAUCCGACUACCCGCAAAUCCAGAUACGAGCGGGCAAACGACGACAGCACCUAUUAUGAAAUCGUUCGGAACCAGCGCUUCCGAUAACACAAUGACAAAUACACUGGCUAGCGCAAAUAUUUCGAAUACUUUAAUGUUACUUAAUGUUACCACGACCGAAAUAGUCACGAUUGAGACAUCGACGAACGUUGAUGUAACUUCGGAUACGUUGCUUUCCACGGAAUCUACUUCUGAUAAUGUUCGACCUUUUGAAUCGGUGGAUAUAAGCACUAAAACGAUGGAGGUAACGUCACCAUCCACUAUUAAAGCAGUCACAAAUGUAUUCACGCCCGCCUCUGUGAAUCUACAAAUAUCAACUAAUAUAUCGGAUACAUCUUCUCCAAUUACCGAAAGCGUUACUAUAACACAAAUAUUAUCUGAAGCAACGACUAUGUCCGUGAUGAAUGAUACAUCUGAGAAUAUUGAAACAAAUACUGUGCAACAGUAUGCUGAAACAUCGUCUCAAACGACAAAGACAAAAGAUGUAAUUGAAAAUAUAGAAAUGAACAUGAUACAACAAUUCGAUGCGACAAUUCCGUCCCAAAUGACGGAAAAUACGAGCACCAUCGAAUCCACAACAGAAGAAAUUUUUAACGACAUAACUGAGAUUCAAGGGACACAGGCACCUGUUACGUCUACGUUUCACACACGCUUUACCGAUAUCUCACAAAAUAUUUUAUCGCAUUUGCAAGACUUCACAGUUAGGACAUCUAUUGAAAAGCCCACUACUACGACCACCUCCUCCAAACUGUUCAACAUAAUAUCGGAUUCAUCGUCGAUAAAUACGAAGAAUUUGGAAGAGACGACUACCAUAUGGGAAACUAGUUCGCGGAACGUCGGAAUAACAACUAUUCAAGAUGUCGAUACCGAGUUAGCGCAAACAAUGACAAACAGACCAGCACAAAAAAUGAGCACCCAAAAUAUAGUAGAUUUGGCCACUGCGUUUUCAAUCGCACACAAUCGAUCUAAUGAUCAGAAAACAAAUGCACUGAAUAUGCCGAAUUCGAAUAUGACUCAGAAUGCGAGAGAUUCAUCAAUAGAUGCAGAAAUCGCGACUAGCUCGCGACUUGCCGAUUUCAUUACGAAGAACGACUCACGGUCGUCUAAUGAUACGUUGCUUACUAAGCUAAUGACUAUUGCGAAGACACUCUUCUCGGAAGAAAUAAAUGAAACACGACAAUCGUUACUCAUGUCAGAUCAAAUUUAUAAUUUUGAAACUAUUGUUCCAGACAUAAAUAACUUGACUCAAGCUAGUAGCAUGAUAGAAAAUGAUGAUAAAAAUCAAUUCAUGCUUUCGAACAAUAUGUCAGAAAAAAUUAAUGCAUCUGCCGAACUCUCAACCGCUUUAGAAAAUACUUCCGAACGUAUAGAUGUCAUAACAUCCAGAAAUGAAACAGAAGAAAGUUCUAAUCGCGGUUCUACUGUAGGAUCGGAAAUUUCAUUAAUGGAACUUAACACGCAACCCACUGAUAUCACAAAUUCAAUUGAUGAUACAACGACAACAACAAUCGCCCAAGGGACGGCGAUCGGCUCACGAAUCAUCCAAUCCAAGCAACCAACUGAAACCACCAUCACUAGCAUUCUUACCACAUCCUCCGAGUUCCCCACAAUCGACACAACGACUAUCUUAUCCUCAUCAAUUGAACCGAUGACGGACACUGCGACAACGACGUCGACAUCGACGAUAACGACAACGACUCUCCAAGCGACAUCAACGAAACCGUCAUCGCGAGCCGACCUAGCUACUACUGCCAGGUCCAUGCCUGAGACGACCACUCCAGCUAUCGAUAUUAAUGAAAACCUUAUCUCUACCGAGACAACAACCAUCGAUACUCAAAGCACCGUGGUUGCUUCAAUCGAAUCAGAGGAACUGACGACAACAACGACAAUCACAUCACCCGUUAUGAGUAUGCCGACGGCAACAACCAUAUCACCGACCACACAGAGUACUACGUCAGAUCGAGUAAUGUCACGUCCGCCAUUUACAUCUUUCGAUGUUCCAAACAUGGGGUCCUACCUAGGAUCUUUCGAUGGCAACCAGGCGACGAUGCCAGCUUCGAGAUUCAGUUCUUCCAGCAAAGCACCCAUCCGCGACUACCAGGUUUAUGGUAUUUAUCCCAACAAAACUAUCGUGCGGAAGCGACCGGAGGACAAUCUGAUCGAUGCCAGGAACAUAAAUAGCCCAUACGUGAUAUUCGGCAUCUUCCCGGACGGCAAAUUGGUUCGCAAGUUUCCCAACGGAACAAUAAUACCGGAUUCACCUAGGAACCCGGUCGAGGUUGUGUUUACGCUUAGCACUACCACUACUACUAACCGACCAGCAUCCAGGCCGUAUUAUAACCAGGUUAACCAAGCGGGCACUUAUAACCAAUAUCAAUCUCCGCUGUACUAUAGUAACCCAGUGCACUAUAGUAAACCCAUGGACAAGCUGAAGGGAGGCAUCCAGAAUCCCAGCCCUGUUGAUUUUGGAUUUACCGAUAAUGCGAUCGGCGUUCCUUCUGGAGUUGGUCCAAAAUUCGCGACAUCGUUUGGUCCCCCUGCUAGCACUCCGUGCGCAAACAAAAUGAGCAAUGUUUUAUUAAACCGAAAUGAAUACACCCGAAUGAAUACUCUGCCGAAUGUAGCCUCGAUGUUUGGCAAACUGCAAGGUCCAAUUGGCUCUUCUAUCAUCGGGGAUCACGAAAAUAGUGAAGCUUCUCGAACAAAAGUGGCAUCUAAUCAACGCAAUUCUGUAUAUAUCGGACAGGAUAAAUUUAUUAAUUAUCAGAUUGACAGUGCACCUGAUAUCAAUCCAAAAGUGGUUGAUGUGAAAAUAAAUUCAGUGGCUACCUUUAUGAACGAAGGUGUAGCAUCAUCUAUGACAUCGAUCCCAUCUUUUGAAAAUUUGCUGAGUAAUCAGUCGGGUGGUGAUAUAGUAACAACACCUUCCGGUUUUCCUUGGAGAGAUCCCCUUGAUCAGAUAUUCGGAAUUACUACCAAUUCACCUAUACAAACAGCAUCCGUGACAUCGAAUCAAUUGAAUGAAACAGCCGAAAAUAAUGUACCGAUUAUGGCACGUCCUAUAAAUCCUUUAGUGGAAGUCUUCACGCCGGUUAUAAGUGGUGUAACCUCAACAAAUCCUGAAAACAAACCAACAACCGUAUCAAUUAGUUCGAUUACAACUACUACUCCUAUUAUCACUACCAUACCAAUUACAACUACUACACCUAUUAUCAUCACCACACCAAUACCAACUACUGCUGCUACUACUACACCAACUACCACUACAACAGCUGCAAUUACAACAUCUACUACUACAACAGCUGCAACUACAACUACUACUACUUCGACAACUACCACUCCUACAACGACUACGAUAGGCCAAACAACAAGUAGUACAUCUACUAUUCCUCGGCUUGCAACAACUACUUCCUCCUUAAAUGUUAAUACUUUAUCGGAUGUAACACUACAUUCAAAUACAGUUCCGUCAUCACCUACUGCGACAAUAUCUGCGGACAACAUACUAAACGGAUUACAGAUGAAUACCAAGGAGAACGUUUUUGGUACAACAUUCGAGGAUUUAACUUUCCUAAAUUCAUUGUUACAGAACAACAACGUUAAAACAACAUCGAAAACGCUAAAUGACAUAGAGCAAAUGUUAGCAAACAGG